AUGAAUCCAAUCAUCAAAGAUGAAACAACAAUUCGAUACACUUCAAGAAAUAUUCUAGAAACACACGUUGUCAAAUUCAAAAAUUCACAUUUGCCAAAGAAUAGAUGGUAAGCUAUUUUUUUUAAUGAAACAAGUUUUAACUGUCAGGAAAAUCUGGAUUUCAAAUGAAGAAACUAAUACUAACACAAGACAACGCGUGUUGGCAAUUUAUUUGAGUUGUGAUUCGAAAAACAUGGAAGAUCACAGAGAGACAAUUCAUUGGAUUUAA